AUGGUGGAAAAGGAGGAUGCAGCUGAAAUUUCGGCAAUUAGAGAGGAGCAAGAGACAGAAUAUGAAUUUCCAAAGGCUGAUGCAGUCAGGAGUGGUAAAGUUAUUGAUUCUCAGCCAAAAUCAGAUGUAAGCGACAACAAUACAAAUGAAGGAGCACCAUCUACACGUGAACAGCAGCAGCAGCAGCAAAAAGGUUCAGUUUCGUUGCAGACGAGCAAAAAUGAAAUGGAGCAGUUUGUUGGUAUUUUACUGCACAUGGGGAUAAUCAAAAUGCUUUCCAUUCAUUUAUACUGGUCGAAUGAGUGUAGAUAUUCACCAAUAGCUGAUGUGAUGAGCAGAAUUCGCUUCUUCCAGCUACCAUGGUAUUUUCAUGUUGUCAACAAUCAAGACUUGCCUGAAGCUAAUAGUAACCGUGACAAACUCUUCAAGAUUCGCCCACUUUUAUCUGCAUUGCAGUCGUCAUUGAAGACACUCCCUCCAGAAGAGUACCAAGCUGUUGAUGAACAGAUAAUACCAAUUAAGGGUAGAAGCGGUUUGAAACAGUACGUAAGAAAUAAGCCUCGCAAGUGGGGCUACAAAUCUUUUACGAGAGCUGGUCCUUCAGACAUGAUGUAUGAUUUUGAAAUUUAUGUUGGCAAAAACACCUGGAGUGAUAGAGGAUUAGGUUUGACUGGGGAUAUUGUUUUGGCAUUGACGGAAACAUUGCCAGAGAAACAGCAUUUCAAGGUGUUCGCUGAUAGUUGGUUUUCGUCUAUACCAUUAGCAAUUGCCCUGAAAGAAAGGGGUAUUGAAUUCUGUGGCACUAUCAGGACAGACAGGAUGGGAAAAUGUCCGUUGAAAACUGAAGUGGAGCACGAGAAAACUGGACAUGGCUUCUGUGACUGGAGAGUGGAGGCAACAAACAAUGUAGCUUUAGUACACUGGUUUGACAGAAAAUGCAUAAAUUUCGUGUCAACAUAUGCUUGUGUUGAGCCCAUGGCAACAUGUAGACGCUAUUCUGCAUCUGAAAAGAAAUUCAUUGAUGUACCUAGACCUUACAUAGUGCAAAAGUACAACAAACAUAUGGGGGGCGUGGACCUUGCUGACAUGUUGAUAGAGCUAUACUGUAUCAACUUGAGGUCACGGAAGUGGUAUAUGCGCAUUGUGUACUGGUGUUUGUCUGUAGCAUUUGUCAAUGGAUGGCUACUCCAACGACGCCUUAUGGUCCAACGUGGCAAAACCUCAAAGAUGCCACUCCUGCAGUUCCAAGCUAAUAUUGCUGCAGGUCUACUGCUUGCGAGGAAAUCAGCUUCCCAAAAGAAGAGAGGAAGACCAAGUUCUGAAAUGUUGACAAGGACUCCUGCAGCAAAAAGGACUGUAUGUGCAGCUCCAGUUAUGGAUGAGCGUUUCGAUGGGUUCGAACACUUUGCAGAUAUGGUAGAGAAGAAAGGUCGAUGUAAAGAAUCUAAUAGUUUGUAA